UCUAAAAACCAACCACAAAUGUUUCCAGAGAAAAGGUGUUACAUUUUCUUGGUAACUCGUUUAAAGUUCCCCUUUGCGUGUCUUCUUUUCUUGCCUUAAGUGCGAAUGAUUGAACAGUUGUUGUUUCAAGUGAAAGAGUCUGAAAAGAGGAUGUGUUCAGAGAAAAACCUUCACAGGAAGCAAAGCAAACCUCAUUCUUCACUUAAUAAAGCUGCUACUUUGCCAUUUGGGGAGGAGACACUCUUAAAGACAGCUUACUUUCAGUUGCCCUUCACCCCACUGAAAGGCUGACGAUAGACAGGAGAGUUGUGAAAAAGAAGUCAGCUAUGGCACACAGGGGUGUUCAUGAUUAUGACAGCGACUCGGACAAUGAAUUUCUGGAAAAAGAGGAUCCAGAAGAGAACUUCAAACUCUUCAAAGAGUCUGCAGUCCGUGGACAGAAGUGUCCUGAAACAAUGAUGAUGCAGAUCAUUAAUGAAUGCACAGAUAGCGACUCAUCCACAAGCACUGACGACACUUCUGAUUGGCAGACGAUCAGAUCUUGGACUGCUGGUACUUCAGUGCGAUCUAGACGCUCACAUCUGCCCCACCAAGAGUCCCGUCACCCCACUAACCAGGCAAAUGUGGAGGAAAUCAGAGAUGCAGCAGAUGUCCGUUUUGGUUUGAACACUGGCUUUAGUGAGAAGAGUAAAGAGGAGCUGGUGUCUGACCUGAGAGGCCUCUCUGUGAGGGAUGCCAUGCACAAGCUGCGGGCCGCCCCGCUCAGCCUCUCAGACAAGAGGGAAGUGAGGAGACUUGCUUUCAGUAACACGGUUGAUGAUUCGUUCAUCAGAAAACACGUCACCUGCAGCUGUUGUCCAUGUGUUCUAACUAUGUGGCGCCGCUUCUCCUUCAGCUGCCUCAACAUCCGCAGCUCUCUGAAACUGUGGUCCUCCCCCAUGAAGAAGCUGAGCGGACGCUUCGGCUCGGGGGUGCUCUCCUAUUUCCUUUUCCUCCGAACCCUUCUUUUCUUUAACCUCCUCCUCUCUGCCACCAGCGGCGUUUUUCUCAUCUUCCCACAAAUCCUCCAUCCCCUCUCACGCCAUCAUCAGUGCACGCCGGGCACCUUCUCCGGCCUCGAGCUCCUCACGGGCACGGGUUGCUUUUCUCACAGUUUGAUGUUUUAUGGUUACUACUCAAACGACGUCAUCAAACAUUGUGGAGUUGAUCCUUUCAAGUCCAGCGGUCCUCAGAAAGUCCAGAGUCCUGAUGACUGCCAGAUGUUUUCCUACAGCAUUCCCUCCGCCUACUUCUGCACCAUCGCAUUCCCCUUCUUCAUCAUCUGCAUCAUCCUGGUGUACAGCAUCUCCAAAUCCUUUGGGAAAAGUUUUCAUGUUUUGAAGACCAGUAGGAAUCAGGCUGAAAAGGUUUUCUGCUCGUGGGAUCAUAAAGUGAGCAAGAAGUCCUCCGUCAGACUUCAGUGUGAGAAAAUCAGCACUCAGAUCAAAGAGCAGCUGUCAGAGACGGCGAAUGGUGAACAAGAGAAGAGCUGCAAGCAGAGAUGCUUCAGCCUCAUAGUCCACGCCAUCGCCUGGACCGCAUGUCUGACCAGCAUUGUCUUAAGCGCCGCUGGGGUCCAUUUUCUGUCAGAGGUUAGCAACGACAACAAACCUUUCAUGCAUCCCUUAGGUGCUGCAGCUUUUCAUAUUGCUACCAAAUUUCACUUCUGCUUUUUCGUUCCUGUCACAGAAACUUUGAAAUAUUUCUUCUUACAUUUACAUUUUCCUAUAAAUGAAGAGCUCAUGCUUAGCUCUAAUGUUUUCACUAGUUUUAACCCCCCUUUUUUUAGAAUUUGGAAUUUAUUUAACCUACUAUUCUUUUAUAAGCAAAAAUUUGGACAAAAUUUACAUUUAAUGGACUCAAUGUGUCAUUGAUUGUAUCUAUAAGUACAAAAAUACACAUUUAUGAAUAAAAUAAUCAAAAUCUUAUUUUUAUUUUCCAAAGACGUCGUAAUCAUCCAAAAUUUGAUAUUUUUAUGUAAAAAUUUACACCUCUUCUGUUUGUCUUCUUUUGUAUUUUUUGCUUUGAUUGCUUGAAAUGAACCAAAUCUAAAUGUAAUUCCAGAUUUAUCCGUACAUUAAGCCAAAAAAAAAAAAAUUAGGUAAAAAAAAACAAAAUAAAACCUCUUGAGGGCUAUACUCAAUACCUUACUAUAUAGUACAUUCUUCAUUCAUUUUCUAGUGAUUUCUGAUACUAAUUCUGAAAUCGAGUGCACAAGAAAUUUCCCAGAAGUCUUUGCGAAAAACUAGCCUCAUAUAUAUACAGCAAUGCAUUGCGAUUUAAUUUUUGCACAAAAAAAACAUAUUUAAGUGUAAUUUUUUUCAAAAUCAUUCACAUUUUACAUUAUCAGAACACAGCGGAGUCAGAAAUAUGAAAUGUUUGUAUUGAUUUAAUUUUCACUUUGUGAAAUUGGUUGUCUGGCGUCUAUCAAAACAAAAAUAAAGUAGUGAGUAUUACUUUUAACAUCCAGGGCAAUAGAUAGUCCCACACUAAAUAGUUUUUUAGCAGUUAGGGAUCAGGGUGGGAAUUCGGAGACAGGCUGGAAUUAACCAGACUGUGCCACUCCUUAUCGGGCCGUACCACUCAGUGGAAACGAGCCUUAACAGUAGUAUCUCAAUUUAUGAUUGGUUUGAUUAAAAAUUGUUU